UUCUGUAUGUUAUUGUAAAGAAUAUUUUUUACUAAACAUUUGGCAAUUCUGCUUAUGGUACAUUUUCGUACUUUAUCUAGCAAAUAUUUAAAGAAGAGGUGAUUCUUGUCUUACCUGCAUGUACUUUUUCGAUACGAAUUGAUGAAAUAUUUUACGCGCGACAAAAUAAAAAGUAAUAUAUACCUAAAUCUUAUUCUAUAAUAUCUAGCACACCUUUGUGACACAAGAAUAUAAAUUUGAACAACGAUGGCGUUAUGUUAUACUAGACUUAUUUGUCGACGAGGUAUUGGUUUUCAACAUUUUCGAGGCUUAUUUACGAGCAAUUCACUAACCACAUCCUUAUCACAACCAGUAUGUGCUAGCAGUAAUAUCUGUGAAACACAUGAUGAAAGGAAUAUGCGUCUUAAACGACCCAUGUCACCACAUUUGUCUAUAUAUCAAGUGCAAUUAACAACAGUGCUUUCUGUAUCUCAUCGUACAACUGGUAUAAUAUUGUCAAGUUAUGCUAUGUUUUUAGGACUUGGUACUCUAUUCGUGCCAGGUGGAAUACCUUGUGUUAUAGAAAUCUUAAGUGAAUUAAAUUUACCCGUAGCUUUACUUUUUGUAGGUAAAACAUUACUUGCUUUUCCUGCUACGUUUCACACAUUCAAUGGAUUUCGACAUUUGGCUUGGGAUUUAGGAAUGUUUCUAACAAUUAAACAAGUAUAUACAACAGGCUAUGCUGUAACUGCUUUAGCAGCUAUUUCUGCCAUUGUUUUAGCAGCCUUAUAAAGUACUAAAACUAAGUGCAGUAAUUGAGAAUUUAUUUAUUUUUAGAAAUUCUUUGUUAUUUGGAUGUGCAUCAUAUCUCAUCCUAUAAUUUUAGUAUUGUAUGAAAUAAAAUAAGUUAUUGUAGAGAUACUUUAUUUCAAAAUUCUUCUGUGUUAUUGUUUCUUACUCGUUAAUAUGUGUUUCUAAUACUUUGUAAUGUGUUCAUUUAUUUAGGAAAAUUAUUGUAGAAGAAAUUUAGAAAACGCGCUUAUUUUAAGACCAAUGCCAAAAUUGUACUUUCCUCAAUGUAAAAUUACAAUACUUCAUAUAAUUCGGAUCUUUUGUAAAUAAUAAAACAUUUAUGAUUACAUAUCUUU